GAUCCAAACAAACUUACCACUUUUUAUCUCUAUUGAGACGCGCACACACCCCUCCGACGCUCACUCGGUGGUGGAUAGGAUAGGGUAGAUAGAUAUGAGCAAACCACGGCACAAACCACCAUCAGGCCGUACAAACCUCGCAUCAUGCAUCGUCGCCACAAUCUUCUUGAUCUUCGUAAUCAUCAUCAUCCUUAUCGUGUUCUUCACCGUAUUCAAACCCAGAGACCCCCAAAUCUCCGUCAACGCCGUCCAACUCCCCACCUUCUCCCUCGCUAACGGCACCGUCAACUUCACGUUCUCCCAAUACGUCUCCGUCAAGAACCCCAACAGAGCUGUGUUCACCCACUACGACAGCACACUACAAUUACUGUACUCCGGCAGCCAAAUCGGCUUCAUGUUCAUACCCGCCGGCAAGAUCGACGCCGGCCGGACCCAGUACAUGGCGGCGACGUUUUCCGUGCAGUCGUUUCCGAUGGCGGCGGCGGCAGCGCCAGAGAAUGUGGGUCCGAAUGUGACGGACGGUUUGAACGGGUUUCGGGUCGGACCUACGAUGGAGAUCGAGUCGAGGAUGGAGAUGGCGGGGAGGGUGAGGCUGUUGCAUUUCUUUGCUCAUCAUGUGGAGGCAAAAUCUCAGUGUCAAGUAGCUAUUUCUGUGAGUGAUGGAUCUGUAUUGGGUUUUCAUUGCUAGUUUUUUUUUUUUUUUUUGGUUGUUGAAUUUGGUGAAGUGUAUAAAGAAUUUUGUUGAUUUAUGUUUUGAAUUUUUUUUAGGUGGGUCUUGAUUUUAGCUAAGUGGGUUUGGAUUUGUCUCUGUGAUCUACAUUUGAGUUCAUUAGUAGGUUCAAAAUUUAUGAAGUUCUUACUACUCAAUUGUGAGCUGACUGGUGUGAUUAGAUUGUUGUAAGUGUUCAUAAAUGAAGGAAUUGUAGAUUGAAAUUAA